GAGGAUACAUGCCUCAGCUGAGCGCUGGCCAUGUGUGGAGCAGCUGGGAGCGGAGCGGGACUCACGGCAGAGGACGACAGGAUGAGACGGUGGAGGAGAACGAGAUGAUCAGCAGACAGGUGGAGGAGAGAGCUGGAAGAUGGUGGAGACAGAUGAGACUGCACUGGAGGAACUGGCCGAGAUGGAGUCCUUGGCUGGUUCUGAUAUAUUUGAUUCUUCUGGAGGAGUCUCCUCUGCACCCCUCUGUCAGUUUGACUGAAGCCGGGUUUCGACUGCUCCUCGCUGGGCUGCUGUGUGCUGCCUUGGGUCUCUGUGCUUUAGCUUUACAAAAACAAGAACAGAAAGUAAAGCAGCAUCUCCUGUGCAAUGGUGAAGUGAUAGUGAAACAAACUGCUGAGAACCAGCAGACCAGUAUAAAUCCACAGCAGGAUGCAGGUCAUCUUGAAUCCCAGGUUGAUGUUCUAGCGGAGGGUUUAGCGGUGUCCGUCCUCCAUGAGCUCCUGCCGGACUCCAGCAAGCCCCACAUACGAGGCCUCCUCACCAGACUUGAGGCAGUGUCUCGGACUCUCCACAGAAAGGGCUAUGAGGAAGAGACGGAUGAUAAAGAGAACUGCACACUUCAAGACAGAGUUCACCACAUCCGCUCUUACCUGCAGGACAGGGUGAGCGGUCUGCGCUCUCUGCUGCGGGUUCAGCAUGAGUGCGACGUGAGUGUGUGUGCAGUUCAGAGCGCGUUACAGAAGCGCUGGGCUCUGCUGGAGGAGUUACACACCCGGGUGACUCUGAUGCCUGACAGCACACCGGACAAACAGGACCCUCACGCCGUCCUCACAGACACUGAGAGCCUGUUCAUUGAGCUCAGUCAGUUCAAAAGUAAAGUCCAACAGUGUCGGAUGCAGCUGGAAACCAAUAUAAACCUUUUACAGGCACUUCGCAGCAGUCAUCAGGGUCUGAACAAGACUUUUGGUACCUCCAUUGACUCUACAUGGUCCAAAGACUUAUUACAGUCCAACACUGAUCUGUUUUCUGAGAUCCAUGAGGAUUUCACAUCUUUGGAACAGCAGACGUCAAAUUUUGUGAUUCACUUGAGAGGUCUGAGUGCUUUGGAGACAAGAUUAUCUGUGGAUCAGUCACGACUGUCUCUUCCCGCUAUCCCUGUGUACGUUGCUGCUCCAGAAGCAGCGCAAUUACAUUCUGACCCAGAAAGUGACCCAGAGGAUUCCCCAGGAGCCACACAAAAAACCCACUCCAGAAUGUCCCCCUUCCACAUGCUCUGCGGGAUGAGGAGGAGGAGGUCAUCACCGUAGUUUGGACUAAAGUUGGAUGUUUUUACAGGACAUUUUUAAUGCCUAGUUGCCUGUUGAGCAGGUGUAACAGCAAAGUUCAUGCACUUUAUGCACAGUUUCAAUAUAAUGAUUAAAAAAAAAAUGCAAUUUCAAUAGUGUCUAUACUAUGAUGUGAAACGUGUAAAUGAAUAAAAUU